AUGGCAACCUUGAACUCAGAUACUGUCACAGAUAUCAACACACUAGCCGAGUAUCUAAGCGACCCGGAAAUCCAAGACCUCUCAUCUACACCCUCGGUUGACUGUAUCGUCAUAUGCGCAUCACAAGUCCUAUACGGCGCACAGAUUAUCUUCGAAGCUCUCCAGAAAAGGCCCAACUUGGCAAAAUGCUUGGUACUCUGUGGUGGCAUCGGCCACUCAACCAAACUUCUCUAUAGCGCCGUCGCACAGCACCCUCGCUACUCAGAGCUGGUUCAUGAGAUUGACGGCCUUCCUGAGGCUCGCGUGCUAGAAAGAAUCUUGGAUCGAUUCUUUGAUCGGUCAGCCAUUAAAUCUCUGGGAUGCCAAAUUCUGGUUGAAGACCAAUCGACAAACUGUGGACAAAAUGCCUCGUUCAGUCGCCGAGUACUCGACCAAGCAGGCUUCUCGGACCAGGAAACUUGCGUUAUAAAUCAAGACCCGACUAUGAUGCUGAGGACAAAGGCAUCAUUUAGCAGAGUUUACAGUGACAAGACUUCAGCUGUGUCGUUUAUCAGCUGUCCCAUAUUUGUUCCAAAGGUCCAACUAUCUCAGACCAAUAUUUUGGAAUGGAAGCUUAUGGGUGCAUUAUGCGAGCUUUGGGGCAUUGAACGCUUCAUUGAGUUGAUAUUGGGAGAAAUACCGAGACUGAGAGAUGAUAGAAAUGGGUAUGGCCCCCGUGGGAGGGACUUUAUCGCGCAUGUUGACCUUCCAACUGAGGUCGAGAUGGCAUGGUCACGACUAGUUGGAACAUUUAGGCAUCAAAGACUCCGAUAA